AUCAUCAUCCAUAGAUUCCUCCUAUAUAUAAAGCCCUUUGAUCUCUAUUGACCAAGACAUCCAUCAUUUGAGCAAAGGCUUGUAUAAUCCUUUAGCUACUUUCAUCCAAAAUCUGCAUCAAAACAAGAAAAGAGAUGGCUUUCUGGUCUGCUGAAAAUGCCACAAAAGCAUACCUCAAAACCCUGAAAAUGGGCCAAAAAGCUAAAGAACCAAAUGUAGCCGAGUUCGUGUCAGCCCUUGCAGCCGGCAACAAUGCACAACUAAUGGCUGUGGCAUGUGCUGCUGCGGCCAACUCUACCGCUUUAGCCCUGGUGGCCGCUUCUCAUCAAACUGGAGGCCAUGUAGUUUGCAUCCUUUCCGGAAUUGAAGAACUUCAACUAUCCAAGAAAAUCCUAGGCUAUGAUGCAUGCCUCGUUGAGUUUGUUGUUGGUGGAGCCCAAAAGCUUCUGUUAAGCCACUAUAAGGAAGCAGAUUUUGUGCUUAUUGACUGCAACCUGGAGAAUCAUGAAGGAAUUCUUAGAGCAGUGCAGGCAGGUAGGCAACGCAAUGGAGCCCUUGUUGUGGGCUAUAAUGCAUUUUCCAAAGGUUCGUGGCGGUCCAGUGGAUCGAAAACUCAAUUGUUGCCUAUAGGAGAAGGGCUGCUAGUCACUAGAAUCGCUCCAAAAGCUUUCGAAAAGAGAAGUCACUGGGUUGUAAAGGUGGAUAAAUGCACUGGAGAAGAGCAUGUGUUCAAGGUCAGGUUUCCACAAUGGAAAGGAAUCAGAGUUUAGAUUUUACUGUGCUUCCUUUGGUUACUUAGGAAAAAUCAAGAUUUUCGAUUUUUUUUCCCUGCUUUCCUGCGAACCAAAUGGGAUAAAAGAUCUUUAGUAUAGGUCAAAAUUAGUUUAUUGGAGAGUUUUAAAUUUGUAAAUUAAUAGCGAUUAAUAUACAGUAAAUUAUUGUCUCAAAGAUGAAGG